GUCAUUAUUAGAUAAACAAGAAAUUACUUCAGUAGAACUAGCUAACGAUUUAGACGCACAAGAUGAAUUUGCUAAAUAUCGAAAAGAGUUCGAAAUUCCCUUAAAAAAUUCAAUCACAAAUGAUUCUACCGAAACAGAUGAAGAAUGCAUAUAUUUGUGUGGUAAUUCAUUAGGAUUAAUGCCUAAAAGAACAAGAACAAUAAUUAAUCAAGAAUUGGAUGCUUGGGCACAAAGGUAUGUGCAUCCUUUAUAUAAAAGAUAUACAUACACUACUAAAAUUUGCUCACAUACAGGGGAGUUGAAGGCCAUUGGAACCAUCCUUAUAUGCGACCUUGGGUAGCUAUUGACGAGAUUGUCAAAGAACCGCUUGCAAAAAUUGUUGGGGCAAAGCCAAUUGAAGUAACAGCCAUGAAUACUUUAACUUCAAAUAUUCACUCAAUGCUUAUUUCCUUUUAUCAACCUUCCGAAACGCGCUACAAAAUUUUAAUUGAGAAAAAGGCAUUUCCCUCGGAUCAUUAUGCCGUCAGUUCUCAUCUUCAGUCAAGAGGUAUUGAUCCUACUGACGCACUUUUGACAGUUAGUCCUCGAGAUGGACACGAUGUUUUAGAAACAGAAGAUAUUAUUGAAUAUAUUAAGCAACAUGGUUCCUCAAUUGCCGUAAUUAUGUUAUCAGGUGUACAGUACUAUACGGGACAAUUCUUUGAGAUAGACAAAAUUACAAAAGCUGGACAUGAAGCAGGUUGUGUGGUAGGCUGGGAUCUUGCACAUGCAGUUGGUAAUGUGCCUCUUCAUUUACAUGACUGGGACGUUGAUUUUGCCUGCUGGUGUUCUUAUAAGUAUCUGAAUUCAGGAGCGGGUGGUAUUGCAGGGCUCUUUAUUCAUGAAAAAUACAAAAAUGAUAAUACAAGACCAAGAUUGGCAGGAUGGUGGGGUAACAAUAAAGAAACUCGAUUCGAAAUGAAUCAAGAAGUCUUUGAACCUAGUGAAGGUGCCUCUGGAUAUCAAGUUAGUAAUCCUAGCAUUUUCACAACCGUUGCCCUUUGGGCGUCCUUGCAAGUCUUUGAAGAAGCUGGUGGUGUUGAAGCUUUGCGUAAAAAGUCAUUAUUAUUAACUGAGUAUCUUGAGAGAUUGGUUAGGAUAGAAGUACCGCAAGUAAAAAUCUUGACUCCAAAGAGACGUGGAUGCCAGUUAUCGUUGGAAUUUCGUGAUGAGACAAGUAUGCUAAAAGUCUUUGAGGGUCUUCAUAAGAUGGGUAUUGUUGUAGAUGAACGUAAGCCAACUGUAAUACGUGUUGCGCCAACACCCUUAUAUAAUACGUUUAAGGAUGUGUACCAAUUUGUUAAAUGUUUAAAAGAAGUCAUGAAAGAAGUUUAUUAAUAAAUUACAUAAUAUACAUUUGUAUAUG